GGAGGCGUGUGUGACUUUGUAGCAGGGAGUUCUUGGGGGUGUAAAAAAUAAAUAAAAAUAAAUGUAAUCGCGAUUAUUACCAGGUUAUAGUUGGGGAAAACAGCUACUUCUUUGUGGUGGGGAAAAUGGGUCGGUAUUCGGGUUUGUGUAAGACAGUAUUAAAGUAAUAAUUUUUGUGAUAACUUGUCGACUUCCAUUAUUUAAAUCCAUGGUAUUAUAUUCUCUUUUAUUAAGAUUUUAUUUUGCUUAGCUUUGCGUAGGGGGACUCCGUACGAAUGCAUAUGUGAGAGCAGCUGUGGGUGGACGGAAUUGAGCUGUCUCCAUGUCGUUUAAUAGGGUCUCAUCGGCGUGAUACUGGCUGUCAACUUUUCACAGUUCAGAUAAGCCGAGACGAGCGAAGGGGAGGGAGGCGAGUUUGGCUUCAGGAGAUCAGGGUCAGGGUUGUUUCAGCAGUAGAGGAGCGCAGCCGGGCAGUUGUCUUUUGAAAAUGUUGCUGUCCUUGGUUGUCCACACGUACUCUCUGCGGUACUGGUUUCCCGCCGCGGUGAUGCUGGGCACUGCCCCCGCUUACCUGCUGUCCUGGGUCGCCUGGCGGCUCCUGUCCUGUGUCCUUCCCUGCCGCUUCUAUCACGCCAUAGACGACCGGAUCUACUCCGUUUAUCAGAGCAUGGUCCUGUUCUUCUUUGAGAAUUACACGGGGGUGGAGGUGGUUAUAUAUGGCGAUAUACCAAAGAAAAAAGAGAAUGUGGUCUACCUGUCCAACCAUCAGUGUACAGUUGACUGGAUAAUUGCAGACAUGCUAGCCAUCAGACAGGAUGCCCUGGGCCAUUUGCGAUAUGUUUUAAAAGAUGGACUGAGGUGGCUUCCUCUGUAUGGGUGGUACUUUUCUCAGCAUGGAGGCGUGUAUGUGAAGCGUAGUGCCAAGUUUGAUGAAAAAGCCAUGAAAAACAAGCUCCUAUCUCAAACAAAAAUAGGAACUCCUAUGUAUCUUGUAAUUUUCCCAGAAGGAACACGUUACAACCCAGACCUCCGAAAAGUGAUAAGCGAUAGUCAAGCUUUUGCAAAAAAAGAAGGACUUGCAGUUCUGAAGCACGUACUGACCCCCAGGAUGAAAGCAGCCCAUAUAGCCAUAGAGACGAUGAAGGGUCACCUGGAUGCUGUUUAUGACGUCACCGUUGCUUACGAAGGAACUGUAGAUGCCAGGGGUCAGAGGGGGGCUGCACCUUCCAUGCCAGAAUUCCUGUGCAAGGAAUGCCCCAGAGUUCAUAUUUAUUUUGAAAGGGUGGAUGUGAAAGAGGUUCCUCAAGAAACGGUGUUCUUUCGGCGAUGGCUGCACGAGCGAUUUGAGAUUAAGGACAGGUUGCUGACUAGCUUUUACGAGUCUGAAGAGCCUGAAAAAAGGAACAAGUUUCCUGGAGAGAGUCGCAGAUCCCCUCUGAGUAUCAAGAAGACUUUGCCAUCAUUGCUCAUUUUGGGUGGCCUUACUUUGCCAAUGUUAUUAACCGAGUCUGGACGGAAACUGUACAUCAACACCUGGGUUUAUGGGACUUUGGCAGGAUGGCUGUGGGUUAAUUUUAGGCCAUAGGAGAAACAAAAUAUGUAAUGCAGUUUCUAACCUGUUUCAAAAUGUCCAGCCCUCUUUCGUUCUUUAACUGGAGAAAGAUUUUUUUUUUCUUUGUUUUAAGUUUCAAGCUUUAAAGACCUUUUACAUAUAGGUGGCUUACGGUGUACCUUUAACCUUGGUAGAUUUAGGGGGAUAGCUUAUCAUUUUCUUUAUUUGCAACUUUCUUGAUCUUGAUCUUUGUGCAAGUCAUAUAAAAUCCCAGCCAGUAAACCGUUCAGCAUGUGGCUGGAAUUUCUACAACGGAGCCAAAUCCCAAAUUCUGUUUUCCAAGUUCAGAAAGACCUACUGCUUAAAAAUGGAAAUUAAAAGGGUUCCAUAAAACUUUCAGUGUUUUGAAAUAUUUAUGGGUUUAGUUUAACAGUUUGUACAUGGAUUAUUUUAGUCAUUAAAUUGCUAAACUGGCCUGCACUGAUUAGCACUUAAUGUAAUUGAAAAUGAGUUUAUAUCAUUGUCACUCUUUAAACAGGUAUGCCAUUAACUUGCCAGGCAAGUUAAACAAGUCCAGGCUGUUCCACUUGCACAUUAAAUUUCCAUCUUUUCUUUAAACAGUAAGGGAUAACUGGUAAAAAUCAAUUUGUAAAGAUGAGCUUUAAAUGCUUCCAGGCAUAGCUAAUUGCUGGCGGGUUUUGUCAUUUUUUGGGUUUUAUUGUUUCUUUCAAAAUCAGAAAAAUGUGUCUUGAUCUCAUUAAUCUGAUUUCAGUGUUUGUGUGGUUAACACAUGGCUUUAGUUAAAUGCAAUUGGUGGCAGCUGUCUAGUUCAUUCAGUUUCAACUGUUUGAGAUGCAAAAUAUAAAUGUUUGUGUGUGCUUUUCAAAUAAUGUCUUACGGAAACAUUUUGAAAUUUGUUGCCAUACCUGAUAUUAAGGAAAGUUCAUGGAAUUUAAAACUUAUCAGUAUAUCUUAUUUCAUGACAGAAAAUGUCUUAUUUGCCAUAGCGACUAGGAUCCGUAGGUUACUGCUUCCUUUUAAAGCUCAUUUUUAAGGUACACGAGAGGCAGAAUAUCAAGAUUAGGGAAAAAUUGAGAUUUACCACCACGAAUGGGUUUUUGUGUAAUAUGCAUUUUACAGAAGUAGAUUGAUGGUCAUUUCCCCUGCACCUUACUGAAAGUGAAAGAAAAGGGAGAGAAAUGUGGUAAUAUAUAAUAUGCCAAGUAAAGUGUAUUGAUGUUGCA